AUGGGAGAUUACAUUAAAGCCUUAAUUGAAACCUAAGUAAUAGGAGCAUUCAGGGUUGCAUUAACAAUGCCUUUAGAACAUGUACUUGAUAGAAUAAAGACUUAUAAGUAAUCUAAACAAGGAAUAACUUAUAUAUAAGUAUAAUAAUAGAUUAAGUGUAUAGAGUUACUUGGACAUAAAAGGAGCAAGAGGAUUGAUAGGAUUGUAUGAUGGCUUUUAUCCAAGCUUUUUGAGAAACAUGGUGAAGCAAUACUAUAGAUGGCCUAUGAUGAUUUUCAUUCCUUCGAUGCUUAAUGAUUACAUCCAUAACUAAUCAAUAAAUAAAAUAAUUACAGGGGCUUCAAUUGGAUUAUUUGAAAGUUGUAUCAUUACACCAUUUGAGAGACUAAAAACACUAAAGAUGACAUCUAUGGCUACAGGAUUUGGCUAUCUUAAAUAUAUUACUUUGAAUCUAUUUAUGUAGGAUUCAGAAUUCAAACUACGAGAUAAGUGGUUUCAUGGACAAAUUAUUUAUAUUGGGAUCAUAAAGUCCGUUAUGCAUUAAAAGCAGAACCUGGAUAACCACUUUCUAUAGUUAAUUCAUUGAUUGCUUCAUCUUUGAGUAGUAUUCUUAACAUUUUAGCAGGUAAUAUUCAUCAUCUAUAUUCUAGUUCAUCCCUUUGAUACAAUCAAAACUCUAGUCU